CUCGUCAGUCCUCCUCCUUCUGCUCCGCUCCUCUUCUACCCGCCCCACACUCCCGUUUCCGCAUUCAUCCUUGAGUGGCUGGUGGGAACGUGCGGAGAGAGGGAAAGACGCCAGAAGCCAGAGAGGUGUGGGAAAAACGAAAACAGGCUGCCAAACCAGGGCAUUCCUUCCAAUUUUAAAAGGACGUCUGCUGACGUUAGUUAAACUUAACAUUCUUUCAUGUGUCACAUUUUACUUUGGAAACAAAAAUGAACUUCGCGGAGGCAGAAGACUCGAAGAGAUACUGCAUUAAAACGAGACAUGUGGCCAUUAUCUGCGCGGUGGUGGUGGGUGUAGGAUUGAUAGUAGGACUUUCCGUGGGCUUGACCAGAUCGUGUGGCCCUACGGAAGACGGCUCUACCCAGGGUCCUCCCACGGCGAGCUCUACCCAGGGUCCUCCCACGGCGAGCUCUACCCAGGGUCCUCCCACGGCGAGCUCUACCCAGGGUCCUCCCACGGCGAACCCUCCCCAGGACCAGGGGGUCUGCCCUGCCAGUGACGAUGAAAGUGGAGCCUGGAAGAAUUUCAGGCUGCCGGACUUCAUCAACCCGAUGCACUACGACCUGGAGAUGAAGCCCGUGUUGGAGGAGGACACGUACACGGGCAGUGUGACCAUCACCAUCAACGUGAGUGCGUCCACCCGGCACUUGUGGCUGCACCUCCGGGAGACCAAGAUCAGCCGGCUCCCGGUGCUGAAGCGGCGCUCCGGGGCGCAGGUGCGAGUCCGGCGGUGCUUCGAGUACGCGAAGCAGGAGUAUGUGGUGCUGGAGGCAGAGGAAGAGCUCGCCCCCAGCGGGGCCGAGGAUCCCUACCUCCUGACCAUGGAGUUUGCUGGCUGGCUGAACGGCUCGCUCGUGGGAUUUUAUAGAACGACGUACGUGGAGAAAGGACAAAUCAAGAGCAUAGCAGCCACUGAUCAUGAACCAACAGAUGCCAGGAAAUCCUUCCCGUGUUUUGAUGAGCCCAACAAAAAGGCAACUUACACAAUAUCUAUCAUCCACCCCAAAGACUAUAAGGCACUUUCAAAUAUGCCAGUGGAGAAAGAAGAAUCAGUCGAUGAUAAAUGGAAUCGAACAACUUUCCAGAAGUCUGUCCCCAUGAGCACUUACCUGGUGUGCUUUGCUGUGCAUCAGUUUCACGCCGUAGAGAGAAAGUCAAACAGGGGAAUACCUCUCACUAUAUAUGUCCAGCCAGAACAAAAGCACACAGCUGAAUAUGCUGCGGACAUAACUAAAAGUGUGUUUGAUUAUUUUGAAGUAUACUUUGGUAUGGAGUAUGCUCUUCCUAAAUUAGAUAAAAUCGCUAUUCCAGACUUUGGCACUGGAGCUAUGGAGAACUGGGGACUCAUCACAUACAGAGAAGCGAACCUGCUAUAUGACCCCCAGGAAUCAGCCUCAUCAAACAAGCAGAGGGUGGCCAGUGUGGUUGCCCAUGAACUUGUGCAUCAGUGGUUUGGAAAUACUGUGACCAUGGAAUGGUGGGAAGACUUGUGGCUAAAUGAAGGAUUUGCUUCCUUCUUUGAGUUCCUGGGAGUAAACCAUGCAGAAAAAGAAUGGCAAAUGCGGGACCAGAUGUUGCUUGAAGAUGUACUUCCCGUUCAAGAGGAUGAUAGUUUGAUGUCUUCACACCCAAUUGUUGUCACUGUGACAACUCCUGAUGAAAUAACGUCUGUUUUUGAUGGAAUAUCCUAUAGCAAGGGAGCUUCCAUUCUGAGAAUGCUUGAAGACUGGAUGACACCAGAGAAAUUUCAAAAAGGAUGUCAGAUUUACUUGGAAAAAUACAAAUUUAUGAAUGCAAAAACUUCAGACUUUUGGAGAGCACUUGAAGAGGCAAGUAAUCUACCAGUGACAGAAGUAAUGGACACCUGGACCAAACAGAUGGGGUAUCCUGUACUUAAUGUGAAAGAUAUGAGGAGCAUCACACAGAAACGCUUUCUAUUGGAUCCAAAAGCUAAUGCUUCUCUACCACAUUCAGUUCUUGGGUACACAUGGAAUAUUCCAGUUAAAUGGACUGAAGAUGAUGUGUCAAAUAUUACAUUCUACAAUAGGUCAGAAACAGGAGGAAUCACUUUGAACCCUUCUAAUCCUAGUGGAAAUGCUUUUCUCAAAAUAAACCCAGAUCAUAUUGGGUUUUAUCGUGUAAAUUAUGAAGAACCAACUUGGUACAGGAUAGCUACCGAUCUUUCUUCCAACAACAUGGGAUUUUCUUCUGCUGAUCGUGCAAGUUUUAUUGAUGAUGCUUUUGCCUUGGCAAGAGCUGAUCUUCUAGAUUAUAAGGUGGCCCUGAACUUGACCAAGUAUCUCCAAAUGGAAAAGGAUUUUUUACCAUGGCAGAGAGUCAUUUCAGCUAUAACCUACAUCAUUAGCAUGUUUGAAGAUGAUAAAGAGCUAUAUCCUUUGAUUGAGGAAUACUUCAGGAAUCAAGUGAAGCCCAUUGCAGAUUCCCUGGCAUGGAAUGAUACUGGAGACCACCUCACAAAGUUACUCCGUGCCUCUGUGUUGGGACUUGCGUGCAAGAUGGGAGACAGAGACGCCUUGGACAAUGCCUCUUGGUUAUUUCAGCAGUGGCUAAAUGGGACUGGAAGUGUUCCUGUAAAUCUCAGACUUCUGGUAUAUCGGUAUGGAAUGCAGAACAUUGGCAAUGAGGCUUCAUGGAACUACACUCUUGAUCAAUACCAGAAGACAUCGUUAGCUCAAGAAAAAGAAAAACUGCUGUAUGGGUUAGCAUCAGUGAAGGAUGUUACUCUUUUGUCGAGGUAUUUGGAUUUACUGAAGGACUCAAACCUUAUUAAAACUCAGGAUGUGUUUACAGUCAUCCGAUAUAUCUCAUAUAACAGCUAUGGGAAGACCAUGGCCUGGAACUGGAUACAACUCAACUGGGAAUAUCUAGUCAACAGAUACACACUCAAUGACAGAAACCUUGGUCGGAUUGUCACGAUAGCAGAGCCAUUCAACACUGAACUACAGCUCUGGCAGAUAGAGAGCUUUUUCAAAAAAUAUCCAGAAGCUGGAGCAGGAGAAAAACCUAGGGAGCAGGUUCUGGAAACAGUGAAAAACAAUAUUGAGUGGCUAAAGCAAAAUAGAGAGAGUAUAAGAGAAUGGUUUGUUAAUUUACCUAGAAAUAGUUAAUGCGUUCAAAUAUCACAUUUUAAUUUUGUAAAUCUAUUGUUUCUGCUAUUAGUCAUCUGGUGGCCUAAUUCAUAAGCACUGUGGAGGGAAUCUUAUACAUAGACACUGCUUUUGCUAAGCAUUAUGUUUUAUGUCUUACAAAGCUCUAAAAUUGUUUGUCUUUGUUUAUGAAGGAAGAUACUAAUAGAGUAGUUAAUGUACUCAGGGAUUUCUUCUAAGUGUUUCUUCUUCAUAGGAGAUUCUUCACAAACUGAAGAGAAUUUAAUAGCCAUUUUUAUGUCUUUAAAUACCAUUCUUUGUAUGUUAAAUCUGUGAAAAUAGAACAAUUUGGUCUUAGCUUUACAUUUUUAGUACCAAAGAAACACCACUAAUCUUUUCUCUUGAUUGAUUUUUAAUGUUUAGAUAGCAGUACUUGAGGGACCAAUAUUACCAUUUUAAUCUUUAUUUUACUAUUCAGAAUUACACAGAUCUAAUAUCAUUUUAUUCACAUAUGUCUUAUUCCUUUAAAUCCUACCAAAGUAACUGGGCUUAAAUUUUACUCAAGGAUUGUAUGAAUUAGCCCCCCAAAAUGGCUGACUGUUGCCAUUGCUUUUAUAAAAUCAACAAAAGAACUCUCCUCUCCUUUUUAAAAUAAAUCUGAAUGAUUACCUUGAAAAAAUA